CAUGCGGCCCGCAUGCGGUAUCUACGGCGAUAGCUCUGCAACCUGAGGAGCUCAAUGACCAAAAGAAAAAUCUAAAGAAAAUAAUAUAAAAUUUAUGUACAAAGUACAAUUACACUUGAGGUUCGUAGAUUUUCCAUUCAGUUGGAAAGACGUGAGUUUUCGUGGGGCACAUGGACUGGCCGCGAAGUAAGACAAGAUUUCUGUGUCGUUUUAGAUACAAGUAUCUUUUCCGGCCGAGUUCCUAAUUAUUUCUUAAAUAAAUUUAAAAUGAAAACAAACCCAAGAUGAGGCGGCUAACGAGCUAGAUUUUAAAAUUAGUGCGAGGGAGAUAAUCGAUAGUGUGCGGUCCCGCUUGGCCCCGUCCACCCCCCGCCUAGGCUAAGCACUCGAGAGCAUCGUACUUUAAUAUUAAAUUUAUACACAUUGUAUCUGAUAUUUUCUUAUACUUUUUUAUUUUUAUACUUUAUUCUAAACCAAGCCAGCUCACUCACACACCCUCCUGGCCGGCUGACUGCCUCGGUGUAUGGGAAUAUGCGCGCACUCCACCCGGUAGUGUGCAUCUCUCUUGCUCCGUCUCUCCGUUUUUUGCCUCAGAUACUUUUGUAUCUAUGAGGUUUCAGAUAAUGUCGAGCAGCUUGUAUGGCUCAGUAUUGUUGUUGUUUGAUUAGUGUUUGUGUGCUUGGGUUAGAGGCAGGCAACGAAGAGUAUACCCGUCGCAGGUACGGACUGAGCGUGUGUUUGUGCGCGCACUUACCCCAGUCGUGUAUGAACACAGGCCAGGGGAAUUUUUAAAUUUAUUACGGAAAUAUACACUAAAGUGGAGUUGAAGAGUGUAUAAAGUAAAUUUUAGUGUUAAAAAUCACGUUGAGUUGGUCGGGUCGAUUCGAGCUCGAAUGUCCGUUAGUUGUGUGGGUUUAGUGCUAGCGGUUUGCCUAAAAAAUCUUUUUCAACUGCUAUAAAAGUGAUUUUUGGACGAGAUAAAUAGAAUUUUUUUUGGUCUGCUGAGAAGGUUUCACUCCGCAUUGAACCGGCACAUUUUUUUCGUGGUAAAUGCUAAAAGAAACAUUGGAAGCAAAGGUGUAAGGCACAGCAAGCCCAACAUAGUCUUACAACUUUAGACUAUCAGUCUCCGCUCUUCCAACCCUUCAGAGUACAUGUAUUGUAAUUGAAAUCAACUGGUUAGAACCCUUUAAUGCGGAGCGAUUAUUUAUAAUCGUCACGCAUUCCCUUUGAUCAACAAUCGUGGCAAAUCAUCAUAACUAUAGUUGUAAUAGUGUUAAAAAGCGUAGACGACGCAAACGUAACGACGACAUGGGCGACUUAGAUGUCUGCUUAAUAAAGGAGUUUGCACGACGUCCCGGCUUCUACGAUCGAAGUGAUCCACACUUCAAGGACAAAACCUACGUAUCACAAUCAUGGGCUGAAAUAUCACAUCAAUUAGGAUAUGAAGCGAAUCUCCUCAAGGAUCGUAUGUAUCAGCUACGUAACCGUUACAAUUUGGAAAAGCGUCGUCUAGAAAACCUACGCAUGGAGGAUCCAACAAAACAAGUUCGCUCGCCUUGGCCUCUUUUCUAUCAUUUAACAUUCCUCGAUGGCCAUAUACGGCCUCGUCGUUCCUAUAAAAGUAUGAUGCGUCGUCAUAUAGAUACUGAUCGUAGUGGCAACGAAGAUGAUCCUUUGGCAAUUCCUGAGGCGCGAGAGAGCCGAAAUACGCAUAAUAUGCGUCACAGAGCUACAGCAAAUCAUAGUAAUGGAUCAAUUGACAUCAAAUAUGAGGCUGAAAUUGACUCUGAAGACGAUCAGAGGGCUAACAAUAAUGAUGGUACCUAUUUGGAUCCGACAAAUUUCUUAGUUCAAAAUCUUUCCAGGGCUGACGACGAUAGCGUUGGCGAGACAUCAUCACAGACCCGCUCGGUGGUCAACAACUCCGUAAACAAUGCUGCACCUCCGCCACGGCGUGGAGCAGCACAAGGAAAUGGAAUAAAUGUUCGAAGUCUUGAAUCGUUAAAACGCAAGCCAUCAACUACCUCAGAUGACUACGAUCAGCCGGCCCAGAAGAAACUCAAUAACAAUCAAGUUGCCGCUUUGGCCGCGCAAAAUGGCUAUGCAUUCGGCAAUGUUGGUCUCAUUAACAAGUUUGCUGCGUUUGGUCAAUUUUUGGCAGCAUCACUAUCCGAUAUGGAACAGAAAACUGCAUUUGAUUUAAUUGGAAAAUUCACGUAUGAAGUAUUAAAGGCUAUGCAAGAGACGAAAUCUUCAAAUGUAACUUGUUAGGGUGAAAUGAGGAUGGGAAAAGACAAAUUAGUGAUAAGAGGUAGAGAGAAAGUAGGAAUGAAAAUCGUUAGGUUAGCAUGAAAGUUGCAAGAAUGAACGUUAAGUUCCAAUCGUUUUUAUUAUAUGAUUGCGGUUAAGUUUAUCAUCCUCUGCUUUUUUUUUGUCGCGAGAGAACAAAGCUCCAUUUUUUUUCUAAGUAUUAAUUUAAAACUCAUAUUUUACGGAAUUCUAAUAGAAUGAAAAUUUUCCCAUGUGCACUAUUCCAUUGCAAGUUGAUUUCUUUCUUGUUUAAGAAAAAUCCUUUCUGUGAAAAGAUAUUUUUAUAAUGCGUCAGAUGUUAAAUGGAAAACGUAAUAAAUUUAAUUUGUCCUCAGUACACCGGGAAAACGGUGUAUUUCAGUAUAUCAAUAAAUUUGCUUUAGUUUCCAGAGAUA